CCCGCAUUUCCCCUCCAUCAGAAGCCCCAGGAGGUGAUUCCCCCUCGUCAGUGUCUAAUAUCUCAAAAUGGCCAGUCACUCUUCCUCGGACGCUGCAGUGCGCGGCAUAGGGCAGAGAAGAACCCGGAAAGGCACCCACAGUUGCUGGGAAUGUGAGUCCUGCCACCGAUGAGAGUGAAGAUGGAUGGAUCUCCACCACCCCCGCGCUAAUCACCGAAGAAUGCAGGUCGAAGGCGCAAGGUGCGCUGUCAGUUCCCGUCCACCAACACCUCCGUCUGCACUCCAUGUAGUCUCCGAGGAACGGUCUGUCGGCGGCAGGACUCGGUCGAUCCGGACGGCGUCCCGCAGCACCGGGAGCGAAGGCACGGGCAGCGCAUCGACCGACUGGAAGAGAUGAUGCAGCGGCUCGUCGAUCGGAUCCUUCCGGAUGAGGGCAUCCUGAGACGGCGGGAGGCCGAUGGAUACGAUGAACCCAGACACCGAUCAGGGACGACCACCGUUAUUGACGGAACGCCCAUCGACCAGCUGCUAGGGCCACGGAAUGUUUCGCCCACGACUUUGACCUCACGGUCGAGCACCUGGUCCUACGACUCACUCGGCGGCUCCGUCCUGGGAACCAACAAGGAGGAACUACUCUCCAAGCAACUCCACGCACUCUUCCCCUCGCAGGACGACAUCGAUCUGAUCACAGGCUCCAGCCCCGGGACAGAGUGGAUCACCACCAUGCUGGCUGCCACGGUGACAGGUAGAAUCGAAUCCCCUGCCGCACGAAUCCCCAUUCCACACAUCACCAACCCCCCUGCUGUCCUCGCGCGAAGCCUUCUCCAGUUCGCCAUCUGCAUCCAACACCUCAGCCCCCAGGACACAAAAUCCCUUGCCCUCACGUUCCCCGUCGCGGACACCAUGCUCAACAUCGUCUCCACGGUGUCGAACACGAUCAUUUCCAACGACGACAUGAUCGGAAGCAUAGAAGGGCUUCAAUGCGCCAUCCUCCACGGCCACUGGCUCUUGAAUGCGGGCAAUCUGCGCAAGGCCUGGCUGAUAUUCCGGAGAGCGCUGAGCGUCGCGCAGCUGAUUGGCGUGGGGCCUGGCAACGUCGCCUCCGCGAGUUGGGAUGGUCGGGAGUCGCACAACACCCACAGCCCCGCCUCCGUCAAUAGAGCAUGGUAUCUCAUCGUCUCGGCAGAUAGAUACUUCUCGCUACUUCUCGGUCUUCGCAUCGAUAUGCGGGACGACAGCUUCGCGUCCGAGGAGGCCAUGAAGGACGACGGUCCCGACGAAAGAUUGGAAAAGAUUCAUUCCGUGAUAUCCGCGCGCAUUUCCGACCGAAACCUCCAGGACCCCCACCAGGCGUUCCUGACUACCCAGGCAAUCGACUAUGAUCUUGACGCCGCUGCAAAGCGUCUGGGUCACGCCUGGUGGGCGGAUCCCACCUCCAUGCCGAGCGAAUUCACCUACCAGAGAUUCGAGCGCCUGAAGCGCCUCAUGCGACAUAUUUGCCAUUACAGUCUUGUCAAUGUCCUGCAUCUGCCCUACCUGCUGCGGGAGCCGGCGGAGCAUCGCUACAGCUAUAGUAGGGCGACGUGUAUUCGCUCGAGCCGGGAGGUUUUGGGCCGGUUUAUCGCGUUUAGAACGGAUGUCGAGUCGGUGUCUGCGUGUCGGCAUAUCGAUUAUUCGGGCUCGAUCGCGGCGAUGACACUGUUGCUUAGUUAUUUGGUUCGGGGGCAGAGCCUCCCGGGUAAGACUUCCGGUUCUGAGGACAAGCGGGAGGAGGAUAGAGUCCUGGUUGGUAGAGUCAAGGAGAGGAUGGAGCAGGUGGCGAUGCUGAACCAGGAUAAGCUGUCGCAGGAAUCGGCACGCAUUAUCGGUCAGUUGCUUCCUGUGCUCGCUGUCGAUGGACCGGAGAGAGUGGCUCUAGCGACCGGGGCAGAAAGCGAUACCGUUCAACUGGACAUUCCGUAUCUGGGUGUGGUCAGAAUCUGCGUAAAUCCCAAACAGGGACAGGGCACGCUGCAGAUAUCUGACCUGAGACAUGCUGAGGAGCGCUCAAGUCUACAAGAACCGGGUAUCCCGCAGCAGUUCGGUCCCUCCGGUUUGGAGCUGGAUGGUCAGGUGGAGAAUAUGUUCAUACACGUUGAGCCACACAGCCUGGGAGACCAUCCUGAGUUUCCUAGUCUUACUGCUGAGGCGAGCGAUUGGCCGUUCCAGGGGGUGGAUACGAAUUUCUGGUCUCUCCUCCAUGGUGGGCUCGGAAGGGAGUCUGACGAUGGGGAGGGCAUGUAUUGAGUUAGUACAUUGCCCUACUGUUGAGGAUUUCGUCCAUGCAGGGGGGGUUGCUUGACUGUCCAGGCCCUGUCAACCCGAUUUUCUAUCUUUGGAAGUCAGCGUCAAUAACGGAAAUAGCGUUCACCAAUUCUCAAGUAAACUGGU